GGAAGAAGAGGGAAACCAGGGUCCCCUGGUAAAGAUGGCCCUCGUGGACCUCCUGGUUUCCAAGGACAAGAUGGACCCCCAGGUCACAAGGGAGAAAAGGGGGACAUCGGUCCAAGAGGAUUACCCGGCCUGCCAGGAUUGGGCAGUUCUGACACAAAGUAUGAAAAAGGUGACCCUGGAGAGGCUGGAGUUAAAGGAGAACAAGGAGUGAAGGGUGAGCUAGGACAUCCAGGAUUGCCCGGAUUUGCAGGAGCUCCUGGUCCUCAGGGAGAAAAAGGGGAACCUGGAUUCGUUGGACCACAAGGCCCACCAGGAGGAGUGGGAUUGCCAGGGGAAAAUGGCAUCCCAGGAAAACAGGGCAGUAAAGGGGAGAAGGGAGAAACUGGUGGCAUCAUGGGACCUCAAGGACAUCCUGGUCCUAAGGGAGAUCCAGGACCACCUGGAUUUGGUUUGCCAGGGGAACCGGGACCAGCUGGAGAUUUAGGCGCACCUGGUCCAAGAGGUCCAAAGGGAGAAAGAGGUUUGCCUGGUGUGCAAGGACCAUCGGGUGAUGCAGGGUUACCUGGAAUCAGCAAAGAUGGUCCCCGUGUUCUGAGUCUUCAGCCACUUGAUUUGCCAGGCACUGAUGAUGUAACCUCGCACAUGUGCAUGGGAGUUCACCUCAGCAAGAAUACUGCAGAGUCUGCACAUUGA